GCGGCCAUCUUGUAAUUUGUUUGUGUCUUGUUUUCGUUGCGUUCACUUUGAUGUUUGGAUAUUAUUGUAAAUUUUGCAUUGAACCGGUCGGAUCUUUAUAUUAUAUCCAUCACAUUUCUGUCCGUCAGGAUGAUCCCGACUGAAGAUGCGUCCGCGAGAAAGCGGAAGAUCGAAGAGAAACUCAAGCAGGAACAGGACACACUGUCAUUUAUUCGCGAAAGUCUGGAGAAAAGUGAUCAGUUGACUAAUGGAAUGGUGUCCAUUCUGUCUUCAUUUGAGAGCCGUUUAAUGCAGCUGGAAAACUCCAUCAUACCGGUUCAUAAACAAACAGAGAAUCUGCAGAGAUUACAGGAGAACGUUGAUAAAACUCUCUCUUGUAUGGAUCAUGUCAUCAGUUAUUACCACGUCGCCAAAGAUACAGACAAGAUCAUCCGUGAGGGCCCGGCGGGUCGUCUGGAUGAAUAUCUGGCCUGCAUUGCAAAGAUCCAAAAAGCUGUGGAGUACUUCCAGGACAACAAUCCCGACAGCCCAGAACUCAACACAGUUAAAGCUCGAUUUGAGAAAGGGAAGGAGCUGCUGGAGGCGGAGUUUCGCAGCCUGUUGACACGCUACAGUAAGCCCGUGCCGCCCGUACUGAUCCUGGAUGCGAUUGGAGGAGAUGAGGACAUGGAGGUGCAGGAAGACGUUACGUUGGAGCAUCUCCCCGAGGCUGUUCUUCAAGACAUCAUCUGCAUCUCAGCCUGGCUGGUGGAGUAUGGACGCAACCAAGAUUUUAUGAACGUGUACUUUCAGGUUCGGUCCAGUCAGCUGGAUCGGUCCAUAAAGGGUUUAAAGGAACACUUCCGUAAGAACAGCGCCUCCUCUGCCAUCCAUUCUCCCGCCGUACAGGCCAAACGCAAGGAGACGCCCACCAAAAAAGCCCCGAAAAGACCAGUCUACAUCCCAGGCACGAUCCGUAAGGCUCAGAAUCUGCUCAAACAAUACUCUCAGCAUGGCCUGGAUGGAAAAAAGGGUUCUAACCUCACUCCCCUGGAAGGUUUCGAUCAUGACCUGCGUGGGGUUAAGCACCUGUCUGAUGACAAGCAUGUGACGGCUGCAGGGAAAGAUGAUGUGCUGGACAUUGAGAUUGAUUCAUACAUCCACUGCAUCAGUGCUUUUGUGAAACUGGCUCAAAGCGAGUACGUCUUACUGACUGAGAUCAUUCCAGAACAUCAUCAGAAGAAAACCUUUGACUCACUCAUACAGGAGGCGUUGGAUAAUUUGAUGUUGGAAGGCGAUAACAUCGUGUCAGCUGCACGCAGAGCCAUCAUGAGACACGAUUAUUCUGCUGUUCUCACUAUAUUCCCCAUCCUGCGACAUCUCAAACAAACCAAACCAGACUUUGAUGCCACACUGCAGGGAACCGCUGCCAGCACUAAGAACAAACUCCCGGCUCUCAUCACUUCUAUGGAGACCAUCGGAGCCAAAGCGCUCGAGGAGUUUGCUGACAGCAUUAAGAAUGAUCCAGAUAAAGAAUACAACAUGCCGAAAGAUGGCACCGUACAUGAGCUCACAAGCAAUGCCAUCCUCUUCCUACAACAGCUGCUGGAUUUCCAGGAGACGGCCGGAGCGAUGCUGGCAUCACAGGUUCUCGGGGACACUUACAAUAUUCCUUUAGACCCCCGAGAGAGCAGCUCAUCUGCCAGCAGCUACAGUUCAGAGUUCAGCCGAAGACUUUUGAGCACAUAUAUCUAUAAAGUCCUCGGUAACCUUCAGCUAAAUUUGUCAAAUAAAGCGAAAGUCUAUGAAGAUCCAGCGCUGCGAGCCAUAUUCCUGCAUAACAACUACAAUUACAUCCUGAAGUCCCUGGAGAAGUCUGAGUUGAUUCAGUUAGUCGCUGUAACUCAUAAGCGGGUGGAGAGUUCAUAUCGUGAACUUAUCGAACAGGAGAUACAGAAUUACCAGCGCAGCUGGUUUAAGGUCACAGAGAAUCUGACAGAGCGAAAUAUACCAGCAUUCCUACCUGGAACCAAGCUCAAAGACAAGGAACGCCAGAUCAUCAAGGACAAAUUUAAGGGCUUUAAUGACGGUUUGGAGGAACUGUGUAAGAUUCAAAAGGGCUGGGCGGUUCCUGAUAAAGAUCAACGUGAUGCUAUCAGACACGCUCAGAAGAGAGCCGUAUCAGACGCUUAUAAAGCCUUUUUACAGCGAUGUGCAAACAUAUCGUUCACUAAAAAUCCAGAGAAAUAUCACCGAUACAGCCCGGAGCAGGUGGAGGUCAUGAUUGACAGGCUCUUUGACACCUCAGCGUAGGCCACACCCACACAAUUAACAUAUUUCUUUGGGCAACAAACCUUUUCUCUCUCUCUCCACUUCAUAAUACACUACCCAACUUGUAUGUUUCUGUUUGUAUAAACAAAAUUAUUUAUGUAUAUCUUUUUGAUGAUUUAACUGCAAUAAAUAGAGAAUUCUCUGUA